AUGGUUAUUUAUUCAAUGUUGAUCACUGUGACGAUAUUCCUUCUGAUCCUGCGCUUUUGGAAAUGGCUCUGGUCACGAAAGUCCUACCCCCCCGGACCACUUCGGCUACCGAUUGUUGGAGGCAUGUGGCGGUUUGGGGUCAUGCUUUCCAAAGAUACUUUCCUGAAGCUGGCCAGGCAAUAUGGAAACAUCUACACUAUAUGGAUCGGACCUGUACCUGCAGUGGUAUUUUCUGGAUAUGAAGCCGUGAAAGAAGGGCUGGUAACCUAUUCGGAAUACUUUGUUGACAGACCAAUGACUCCUCUCCUGAAACUUAUAACAAGAGAAAAGGGUAUUGUCUUCUCCAACGGUCACACCUGGAAGCAGCAGAAGAAGUUUGGGCAGGUUACCAUGCGGAAGCUGGGCCUGGGGAAGAAAGAGCAACAGAUUGCCGAUGAGGCCCAGCAGCUUGUCGAGAUGUUUGCAAAGGCGAACGGGCAGCCGACUGACCCUUCGUUGCUCAUCAGAAACUCCGUCUCCAACGUGAUGUGUGCUGUGGCUUUCGGACACCGGUUUUCUCUGGACGAUGAAGAAUUCAUCAAGUUGAUCAAUGCUGUUGCUUACAGCUUGAGUUUUGCAGCCAGUUUCUUUCAUGGGCUGUAUGAAAUUCUCCCCUGGCUUAUGAAACAUCUUCCGGGGCCUCACCAGACGGUGCUGGCCUGCACGGAGGCUGUGCGUUCCUUUGCAAAAAAGGAGAUAGAAAUCCAUAAGCAGCAGCAGCAGACAAUGCACGAGCCACAGGAUUACAUUGAUUACUAUCUGUUUCAGAUGGAGAAGAGCAAACUUGAUCCUGACACUACAUACAAUGAAGAGAACCUGGCUCAGUGCAUUUUUGACCUGUUCAUCGCAGGGUCAGAGACGACGGCGACUUCUCUGCAAUGGGCACUGGUUCUCAUGGCAAAUUAUCCAGACAUCCAAGAGAACGUCUACAAGGAGAUGAACGAGUUUUUUGGCUCCGCUCACUCCAUCUGCUAUCAAGAUCGGAAAAAUCUGCCCUACACCAACGCUGUGAUUCAUGAAACUCAGCGUGCCGAAUUUAUGUUACUAUUUGGAGUCCCUAGACAAUGUGUGAAGGAUGUGAAUGUUCUGGGUUUUUUCAUUCCAAAGGGGGCCAUUGUUGUUCCAGACCUACGUUCUGUUCUACUGGAUCCAGAGCGCUGGGAGACACCUGAGGAGUUCAACCCCAAUCAUUUCUUGGACAAAGAUGGCAAUUUUGUGGCUAGAGAAGAAUUUAUGCCAUUUGGUGCAGGCGCCCGAGCGUGCGUCGGGGAGCAGCUGGCACGGAUUGAGCUUUUUGUUUUCUUCACCAGCCUGAUGCGAGCAUUCCAGUUCCAGCUGCCGAAAGGAGUAAAAGAAAUAGACCGGAAGCCGAUCAUCGGGCUGACCACCCUUCCCCGGCCUUUCAAGAUCUGUGCUGUUCCGCGCUAG